CAGGUGGCGCGCCCGGCAGCCACUCAGUUUCUACGGGCUCGGAGGAGGACUACGAAGGCGAGCCGGCCAUGCGCGCCAGCGCCAGGAAGAGAGCAGGAGAGGCUCCCCGCGGGGAUCGGGCGUCGACGGGGGCAAAAGGAGAACCGGCACGGGUUUGAGUCGGGGUCGGCAGGGCCGGCUAGCUCGGGCUCGGCGGUCAGAAGCCCGGCCAGGAACUGCCUUUGUGCCAGGAUGCGGGCGAGGCGGCGGCGUUGCUGUGCCUCGACGGGUGCCGCGCGGGCACUGAGCAUCCUCCUCUGGUGCCUGGGCGGAUGGGCUCUGCUGGGCUGCCGGAGCGCCGAGGCGGUGGCGGCUUCGUCCAUCCUGCAGCUGCCUCAGUGCCAGGAGACAGAGUACCACUUUGAAUACACGGAGUGCGAUAGCAGUGGGUCCAGGUGGAGAGUUGCUGUCCCAAACGUGGAAUGUUCUGGUUUACCUGAUCCUGUCAAAGGGAAGGAAUGCACUUUCUCAUGUGCUUCUGGGGAAUACCUAGAAAUGAAGAACCAGGUGUGCAGUAAAUGUGCCGAAGGAACCUACUCCUUGGGAAGUGGGAUCAAAUUUGAUGAAUGGGACGAGCUGCCUGCAGGAUUCACAAAUGUAGCCACUUACAUGGACACAGCCAUGGGCUCAGCUGAGAGCAAAGCAGACAGCUGUGGCAAAUCGUCCUGGACACCUCGUGGGAAUUACAUUGAGUCAAACAGGGACGACUGCACUGUCUCCUUGAUCUACACGGUGCACCUGAAGAAGUCGGGUUCCGUCAUCUUUGAAUACCAGUAUAUUGACAACAACAUCUUCUUUGAGUUUUUUAUUCAGAAUGAUCAGUGCCAAGAGAUGGACUCCACAAGCGAUAAAUGGAUGAAGUUGACAGAUAAUGGCGAAUGGGGCUCCCAUUCUGUAACGUUGAAAUCUGGCACUAAUGUAUUAUACUGGAGAACAACAGGAAUCCUUAUGAGUUCUCAGGUGGUGAAGCCUGUCCUCCUGAAAAACAUCACCAUUGAAGGAGUGGCCUAUACAUCUGAAUGCUUUCCCUGUAAACCUGGCACAUUCAGCAACACGCCAGGCUCUUCCACUUGCCAGGUCUGUCCUAGGAAUUCAUACUCGGAAAAGGGUGCCAAGGAAUGUACCAAGUGCCAGGAAGAAACACAUUAUGCAGAGGAAGGAUCAAGCCAAUGCGUUGAACGUCCUCCUUGCUCAAAGAAAGACUUUUUCCAAAUCCACACACCAUGUGACCGAGAUGGAAAAACUCAGCUCAUGUACAAAUGGGUAGAGCCUAAGAUCUGCAGGGAAGAUCUUUCCGAAGCAGUGAAGCUGCCUCCUUCUGGAGAGAGGAAGGAGUGCCCACCUUGCAACCCUGGUUUCUACAACAACCGCUCCUCUUUCUGCACCCCUUGCCCCCUGGGCAUGUUUUCUGACGGAACUCGGGAUUGUGAGGCCUGCCCUGCCGGUACAGAACCAGCUCUGGGCCUGGAAUACAAAUGGUGGAACGUGCUCCCUUUCAACAUGAGGACUUCUUGUUUCAACGUUGGAAAUUCAAAAUGUGAUGGGAUGAACGGCUGGGAAGUAGCUGGUGACCACAUCCGAAGUGGGGCAGGAGGGACGGAUAACGAUUAUCUCAUUGUGAAUCUUCACAUACCAGGAUUUAAGCCUCCGACUUCCAUAGCAGGGGCGACGGGGUCAGAACUUGGACGGAUUGCAUUCGUGUUUGAAACCGUCUGUUUGGCAGACUGUGUGCUGUAUUUCAUGGUGGACAUCAAUAAAAAGAACACAAAUGUAGUGGAAUCAUGGAGCGGAACUAAGGAGAAGCAGUCAUAUGCUCACAUCAUCUCCAAAAAUGCUUCUUUUACAUUCACAUGGGCUUUCCAGAGAACAAAUCAAGGCCAAGAUACCAGGAAGCUCAUCAAUGACGUGGCAAAGAUCUACUCGAUUACUGUGACCAAUGCAGUCGAUGGUGUUGCUUCAUCGUGCCGUGCCUGUGCCAUGGGUUCGGAACAGUCUGGCUCCUCCUGCAUUCCCUGCCCUGCUGGUCACUACAUAGACAAGGAAACCAACCAAUGCAAGGAGUGUCCUCCUCAUACCUACCUGUCAAUUCAUCAAAUGUACGGCCAAGAACCAUGCAUCCCUUGUGGGCCUGGCAGCCAAAGCACCAAGGACCAUUCCGCCUGCUUCAGUGACUGCUUGUUCUCAUAUGCCAAGAACAACCAGAGCCGGACUUACGACUUCAGCAACCUGAGCAAAGGAGGCUCAUUAAUGAAUGGACCAAGCUUUACGGCGAAAGGAACAAAAUUCUUCCACUUCUUCAACAUCAGUCUGUGUGGAAACCAAGGAGAAAUGGCAGCAAUUUGUGCAGACAAUAUCACAGAUAUCAAGCUCAAGGAUAUGGUUGCUGACUCAGAAGAUUAUUCUGACAUUGUGCGGGCCUUUGUCUGCCAGUCUACAAUCAUCCCCCCGGACAGCAAGGGAUUCCGAACUGCUUUGGCACUUCACUCCAGCAGCCUUGCAGACGUGUUUCUUGGAGCCACCAUUGAAACAACUCUGGGAAAUAUUAAUGUUAAGCCGGAAAUAUUUCAGCAUUCUGAAAUGACAAUACCUGAUGUGUAUUUCUAUUACAAGUCUUCAAGAGUUACAGCCACUUGUGAAAAUGGACGUGCUUCUGUUGUGAUACUGAGAUGUAACCCAACAAAAUCUGACCAAGGAGAAAUUUCAGUUCCCAGUUCUUGUCCUGCAGGUACCUGUGAUGGGUGUACAUUCCACUUCUUGUGGGAAAGUGCAGAAGCCUGCCCCUUGUGCACAGAGCAGGACUAUCAUGAGAUUGAAGGGGCUUGUAAAAAGGGGCACCAGGAAACCUUAUAUGUAUGGAAUGAACCAAAGCUUUGUACAAAAGGGGUUUCCCUGCCCGAAAAAAAGACCAUCAUUUGUGAAACAGUGGAGUUCUGGCUAAAAGUUGGUGCAGGUGUUGGUGCUUUCACAGGUGUCCUGCUGAUUGCCUUAACCUGCUAUUUCUGGAAGAAGAAUCAAAAGUUGGAGUAUAAAUAUUCUAAACUGGUGAUGACAGCAAAUUCAAAAGAAUGUGAGCUUCCUGCUGCUGACAGCUGCGCGAUCAUGGAAGGGGAAGAUAAUGAGGAAGAAAUAGUAUAUUCAAACAAACAGACAUUGCUAGGAAAACUGAAAGCAUUGGCAACCAAGGAAAAGGAAGACGGCUUUGAAUCCGUUCAGCUGAAAUCCUCAAGAUCUCAAAAUAUAUGAAGACUUUAACUCUGCCUUUGAACCAGCAAACCUGAUCUCAGUUUAUGCAGGAGCACAUCUCUAACAUGUCCUGGUUUGUGUCUGAAGGGUGGUUUCCUGUGGGAAAUGUUGCACAGUCCAGCAUGAAGAAACUAGCAGGGGAGAACAUGAGAGACUGUUGCCUUAUUGUGAGACUGAGUCACUUGCCAAAAAGAAAAGUCAAGCAGAUGAGCUCAUGAGCUGGGAAUGAAGGUCUACUCAGGGACAGAGGAAGCAUGGAUGGUGGCAGCCCAAGAUGUUUGGGUACCUGCUGCAGAAAACCCAAAUGGCACCUCCCAGAGUAGUCACAAUAUAUUAAGAAAGACCGAACGAUGGUUUGCUGCCCUUUAAUAUUCUCUGCCCCUGUGAGGUGGGUUGCUUCACCCUGUACUGCCUGAGAAAGAGGUCAUAUCCUGACAUGAAGUUUACAUGGCAUGGCACAUGCUUCAUUAUUUGUAUCCCCUUUUAGUCCCAAUCACUUUUGUCACAUAGCCAAAACAGAGACUGGCUUUUAGAAAGAGUAGAGAUCAUUCCUUAGUCAUUACAGGUAUCUGCAGAGGUGGCAGGAUCACAGCACUAGUCACUACUUGAAAUGGAAGACCUGCAGACAGGCUUCUUUUUACUCCUCAGAAAGGAGAGUGUUUGUAAUGUGAACCUGUAGUGUUUUGCCUAACAUUAAGAAUUCAACUUCUGCUCCUGCAGAUUCAGUUUCUGGAGGUGAAAAGACAUCAUUAAAAUAGAAGCCCCAUGAAAGGCUAGCAGUACAACCCUGUGCAUGUUUACUCAGAUGUGGAGUUUUCUCUUGCGUAAGGAUGUUGUUUAGGAUUACAGCUUCACUUGAAGGUCACUUUGCUAGCUGAGGAACAUGGUCAGACUUAAGACAUCUAGCUUGGAGGGCAGUCAGGGGGAUGUUACUCACCUUCUUCCCAUUCCAGAUGGUGCAAUGACAUGGUCAAGAUUGUUGCAAGCGGGUGGGCUGGAUGCGAGGAGCAGCUUUGAUCGAGUCUCGUGUCAUGCAGCAGCCGUACAGCUUUUGGCAAUUAAGAAAGGAUCCUUAAAGACCCUUAAUGUUCAGACACUAAAAAGGAGGAGGGAUCCCGAAGAGGAGAGCCACUUUCACCGGGGCAAUGCAUGAGUGCUUCAAAAGAGAGACAUUGAUACGCUCUGGUGUUCCUGUGACUCCUCUGCCUCUUUUUCUUAAGUUUUCUUAGGUGUGAGACUUGACUCUUUUGAUAUGAAAAGUAAUGUCUGAAGUAGCCCCUGGUCUAAUGACUGGGAAGCACUGCAGUCGGGUCCUAAUGCAUUCACCAAAACAGAACAAUGACACUGGAGCUUUUAUUGCAAAUUCAAAGUCUGUGGACUAAUCUGAAGCAGUUGGAGGCAGCAUAAACCCCUGGAUUGUGUCCCCUUUCGAACCUCCCUCUGCCCCGCCCCACCUCACCCCCAGGAUUCACUGACUUACAGGUGAGUUGCCCCAGAGGAAUAGCCUGAUUACUUGAGCAUCAGGUGUGGAAUGCCCAGGGGCACCUUCAACAGGGUAGCGGGAGAUGGGUCAUCCGCAGAUACAGCAGCAGUACUCUAUCAGUGAUGACCAUGGCUUCAUCAGCUGAAAAGAUUGUGACUUUGACCACAGAACUGUAUCCAUAGCUGAGUGACUCUUGCCAUGGCUCUGGGUGCAUUGAGUGGAGUCUAGUUUCACCACAUGAAAAUAUGUGUCUUCCUCACAUGGAGCGGGACCUCGGUUUCCUUAGCCCAGCAAGUUUUAUUGCUCUGCCUGUAGUUCACCAAGGGCCUUGGCCUGAGAUCUUUCCCAGCCCCAUCUCAGAGAAGGGGGAUUGACAGUGGAACCGUCUGUGUACAUUUCAUGUGCUCUGCGCAUAGCUAUGGACCCUCCCUGCACCACAUGAACCAGCUUGUGGAAAUUCUUUAUGGAGAUUAUUUACAUUUUUCUCUUAUCUGUAGUCCUGAAGUAGAGCUGCUCUUCCCUCUUCUUCGGGGAUUGAUGAAGAGGUAGAAAUAACUGCACCCUCAGAGUACCGUAUGGUACUUUCUCACUUCUGUUUUCUCCAAGCCAUGGAUUUCCAUGAAGCUAUUUGGGAAAGAUCUGGGAAUCUUCCAUAGGCAGUGUGUGCUGCCCCUUGGCCAUUAUUUCCCAAAACAUCCCCCAUGUUUGGUAUUUAUUGCAACAGCAUUGUAGUGGUAUACCUGUCUGAUACUAAGGCCAUAUGUACGUAAUAAAACCAUUUUAUAGUGUCGUCCAUGGUUAAAGUGUACCAUCUAAUUGGGCCAUCUCAGAGGCAGGCAAGGUGGGGAAUUUUUCAGAAUCCCCAGAACAGCCUUUGGCAACCGGGUGCCCUCCAGAUCUUUUGGACCACAACUCUCACCAGCCCCAUCUGAGACCGACAAAGAGCUUCUUUCUUUGACUUCCAGGUUUGCACAUCUCGUUUCAUUUAGGGACCCCAAAAACCAGCCCCGGAUGCAUUGGACUAAUUGAUGUCAUCGACUGUGAUUGAGAGCUGUGCCUGCUAUGCACCGGAGUUUCCCUUUUUUGCUUUUUAGAAGCUAAGAAGUCUACACAACAAAAUGUUGCAGAAUGUACCAGCCAGCCAUUCCAUUCCAUUCCCCUUCCCUCCAAGUUUUCAUUUCUCACUCAACAGGCCCAACAGGCACAGAGCCCUCUCUCCCUACUUCUGCAAAUCUUGGGGUUUCUCAAAGCAUGCUAAUAACUCCCUCUUGUUUCUCAGUACAGGCGACUCCUGAUUAGGCACAUCCAAUAUGUGUACAACCGCGCACAUGCACACAGCGCUGAACCCCAAAAUGACACCCCCCCCCAAGUCAUAAAGACAUCACUGAAACAUCACUAAAAGGUUGAAAUGGGGGCGGAGCAGAGGCAGGGGCAGAACAGGGGUGUUUGCAGGCUUUUUAAAUGGGUGUUUGAUGAUGUGAUUUCAUGCAUUGACCCGGAAUGCAACCUUUGCACCAACAGGGAGUUUCCAGCAGUCCUGUUUUUGGCUUGUGUUGUAACUCUGCACUUCAGUUUGCUAAAGGGCAUUGAAUCUGUCUAGCAAGGAAGUUCUACAAGUAACUUCAAAUGGGUUGUAUCGGAGGGCAAAAUUUGGUACCCACCAUAUGCCCAGUCCACCUGAAUAAAAACCAAACUAAUUUCACCUCAGUCAGAUGUUCACACUUGAAACAUUAUACACUUCUCCCAUUGCUUUGUCAAGUUAUCUGUUCUUAAACUUUUAUAAUAGCUGUUUGUCUCAUAAAGUUCUCUUUUGUUAUUUGGGUUAUAUGGAUAAAUUCAAUAAAUUACUUGGUGCACCAAACUAGAAACCUCAAAAGACAACUCAGGCCACUCAGGUUUGUUACAUACUUGAGAGAUCUAGUUUGAGUGUGCCAAUUUCAAAGCAACCUGUUUUAAAUGAAUGAAUUAUAAUUCAAAGCAGACUCUUAAGGCUGCUAUUUUGGUAGAAAUGAGCUAAUGUAUCUUUGUAUACCACCUACUCAUAAUGGACAAAUACAGUUUAGAUCUCUCUUAGCACAUAGCGCGGGUAUGAAACUCCAGAGUGUAAAAACUGCCCUUUGUUGAACUGGAUCAGGGAGUGUUGGGAGGCAAGGGAGCUCCAGCUGGCUACUGGAGCCAGUUGUCAGCCAACAUAUACUGGGUAGGGGCCAAUCAUAAGUAGAAGUUAUUUGCCUCCCAAAGUUUCAGGAUCCAGAAAAGCAAAAUUCCUAAUCUUAGACCAAUCCAAAGUGCUGGUCAAUAAAAGUACAAAAUAGUUUGGGACUAGGAUUGUUGACCAAGUCAUUUUC